CGAUUCUGCGUGGCUUUGCAAACAUGUCGCGCUCUUGGUUGGUCUGCUUUUCGGCCCUCCUCGUCUGCCUGGUGGCCCUGACGCAGGCUCUUCCCCUCCAGGAGGAUCAGGACGAGAAGAGCGUGCCCGGCGGUCGCAUUGUGGGUGGCUAUGUGACGGACAUUGCCCAGGUGCCGUACCAGAUUUCCCUGCGCUACAAGGGCAUUACCACGCCGCAGAACGCCUACCGUCAUCGCUGCGGUGGUUCCAUUGUGAGCUCAACUGAGAUCCUGACAGCGGCGCACUGCAUCAUCGGCACGGUGGCCAGUCAAUACAAGGUGAUUGCCGGAUCGAACUACCAAACUGGAACCGAUGGCGUCAUCACCAACGUCAAGGAUAUCUACAUGCACGAGGAGUACUUCUCGGGAGCGGCCUACAACAACGAUAUCGCCAUUCUGGUUGUGGAUCCCCCACUGCCCCUCAACAACUUCACCAUCAAGGCCAUCAAGUUGGCCUCGGAACAACCGCUGGAGGGAGCGGUUAGCAAGAUCAGCGGCUGGGGAACCACCUCCCCGGGUGGCUACUCCUCGAAUCUUCUCCUUGCCGUCGAUGUGCCCAUUGUGAGUCACGACGAUUGUAAUCUGGACUAUGAGAACUUUGGCGAUGAGACCUAUUACAUCACUCCAGCCAUGUUGUGCGCCGGCAAGCGGGGAGUCGGUGGUGCAGAUGCCUGCCAGGGAGAUUCCGGCGGACCCUUGGUGGUGCGUGAUGAGCUCCAUGGCGUUGUGUCCUGGGGCAACAGCUGCGCCCUGGCCACCCAUCCCGGCGUCUAUGCCAAUGUGGCCAACCUGAGGCCCUGGAUCGAUGCCAUUAGGGCCAUUAUAGCCGAAUCCUAAAUUUGUAAAUAAACUGGCCUUCUUAGCCACGUGCUUUGGGAUUUUCCAAAUCUACAA